GCCCCUAGUGUGUGAAUGUGUGUGUGUGUGUUUGCGUGUAUGGUGCCCUUUGAUGGACUGGUGUCCCAUCCAGGGUGUAUUCUCACCUUGCACACAGUAUUCCCAGGAUAGGCUCUGGAUGUUAAGAGUUAUCUCCACCACUACCCUGACCAGGAGAACGCGGUAACUGAAAGUAAGUGAGUGAGUGAGUGAGGUUCUCCAACAGACCAUGUCUUUUGAGGCCGACCUGUUGUUUGGAAUGGAAGAAGUUGGCUUUAGGACCCAGGGGCGCGGCUCAUGUGUACAGAUCAAUGGGCUGAGUGGAGCUGAAUAAAAGUUGUUGCUGGAUCCAGGCUGUUAGUACGCAGCGCAGGACGUCUGCCCCUUUCACUGGAUAUUACCGGUUCUGGACUAUGGACAUUACGCAUUUCACGUUAUCCAUUUAUUCCUGCCAGUAUAAAAUGACAGCGAGAUGUGUUCAGAAUUUGGGUUAUGUGUUAAUAUGAGUGCGUUUUUCGUCGUGGGGUAACUGGCAACUUUGCGCACAGGGGUUCACUUGUCUUGGAUCGGUCCAACCACCUGUAAGCGUCUGAAUGGAAAGUAUGUCACCGCAGCAGCACGUAAACAUCAGCCAGAGCCGCUCUUCAUCACUCACUGAGGAGACCAAUAUGUGCGCGCAUCUGGAUAACAAGCGGAGGACGAAGGCCCUGUCUUGUCGCAGGCAAUCUGCUCCUUCCUUGGUCAUCAGCAAAGCACUUACUAGAUCCAGAACAAUAUCCAGGGAUAACAGUCUCUCUCCAGUCAGCCCAGAGACAUGCCUACUGGUACAAUCAUAUCUUAAUCCUUCAAGGAUGUUUAUUGGUCAUGUAUAUGCCCAGCUGAAGACUGGUCUGCAGACCCAGGAGAGGCAUAUGUUCCUUUUCACUGACAUCCUACUCAUCAGCAAAGCCAAAUCUUCAACCAACUUUAAGCUGAAGGCACAGACACGAGUUUGUGAGAUGUGGACAGCAAACUGCAUGGAAGAAGUGUGUGAGGGGAGUACAUGUCUUGACAAAAGCUUUGUGAUGGGUUGGCCGACUUGCAACUGUGUAGCCACUUUCAGCUCAGUUGAACAGAAGGAUAGAUGGCUUUCCCUUAUAAAAAGUCGAAUAAAAGAAGAGAAGGAGAAAGAUAAUCCAAAAACAAUCCCCCUUAAAGUGCAUGCCAAGGAUAUGGGGAACUUUUCAUAUAAAACCAUUGCUGUGAGCAAUACUGACAGUGCCAAUGAAGUUAUUCGUCUCGCACUGCAGCAGUUUGGGAUUGUGGGUUCUGUGAAAGACUUCCAACUGUGGGUGAGUUCCAGAAAAGACAAUGCUCCUUACCCUCUUAUUGGUCAUGAGUUUCCUUUCAGUAUACAGAUGAGCCACUUAAGAGAGCCUUUGGAUGAAACUGGUGAAAAAACUGAUGAAAUUAUUCCACCUGAAAGACAAAUGGAGCUACUCUUUGAGCAGCUACAGUCGGACAGUCAGUGCCAAUUCAUCCUGAGGCCAAGUCGGGUCGCUGUGGGCCACUCUUUUGUUGUUGAUCCAGACCAGAAGCCGUUCAAAAGACGGCGGUCACUCAUCAACUGGGCUUUUUGGCGCGGCUCAUCCAAUCAACUGGAUGAUCCUCCUUUAUCACCCCAUCCAUUCACAACUGAUAGGCUCUUUGGCAUGCCCCUCAGCAUGGUAUGCAAGGAUAACAGCCUUCCUAAACCCAUCAUGGACAUGCUAGUGUUUCUGUUCCAAGAGGGGCCAUUCACAAGGGGAAUUUUCCGGCGCUCUGCUGGGGCCAAAGCCUGCAGGGAGCUGAGAGACAAACUGGACUCAGGAAUCCAGGUUGUUCCGAUGAACCGACAGUCUAUCUUUGUGAUUGCUGCUGUACUGAAGGACUUCCUGCGCAGCAUUCCAGGCAGCCUGCUGUUGUCUGAUCUCUACGAGAAGUGGAUGGCCACCAUGGAUUUAUUUGAUGAAGUAGAGGACAGUCAAUUAAAGUCAAUUCAGGGUUUGGUGAUGUCUCUUCCUUCUGAGAACAUCCUACUCCUAAAGCAUGUUUUGGCUGUGCUAUACAACAUUCAGCUCCAUGCCGAAGACAACCAGAUGAAUGCCUUCAACCUGGCCAUAUGCAUUUCUCCCAGCAUGCUCUGGUCCCCAGCUCCUAGCACCCCAGAGAUGGAAGGAGAAGGUACUAAAAAGGUCUGUGAAUUGGCACGGGUAAUGAUUGAAAAUUGCAUGGCAAUAAUGGGAGAAGAUGUGACCACACUAUUUGAUGGUUUUCCUCAGCGCUGCACUCAUGGAUCAGAUGUGUCUUCUUAUCAGAUGACCGAUUCGUCCUAUGACAGCCUUGAGAAUGAGCUGAAUGACGACUCUGGAUCACUUUUCCAGCCCAUGCAGAGAUCACGAAGCAAGCCAGACAGCCGCAGUUAUGACUCAGUCCUCACACUGAGUGACUGUGACCUGGAUCAAACUGAUACUGACCCAGACAUCACCAUAAACACACACCUUUUACUCCCAUCACUAGCCUGCCCAGUAAAACCUUCUCCAGUGGUGAGUCCAUCCACUCCUCACAUGCGAUCUCCUUGUAAGGAAUCUUCUUUUCCUAAGGGUGUUCGUCAGCUGAGACGUUCUUCUGAGCCUGCCAUUUGGAAUUCGACUUCAUCCUUAACCAGAUACCUAGAAUGUAGGGAACACAGAAAGGGCAGUUACGAAUGUGUGACAAGUCAAGGCAGAAAUGACGUAGAUGUAGACCUUGAGGUUGAUUUAAAUACCUUGAGGCUGGAGAAGCAGUGUGAUCCUAGUCAAAGGGAUCAGAAUGAGAGGAAUGUCCCUCAACAACUGAAAGAGCAACUGAAACCUUCACCUCUGCAUCUAGAUAUCAGCUGCACAAAUCUCUGCUCCCCUGGGGCUUCACCGAUACAUUCUUCAGUGAGCUCUCUGGACAGUGCUUCCUCUCAGCACUCUACUGACAACAAACAUUUCCCUCAUAUAGUAGGUAGCUUCAAGGCAUCAGCAAAAUCUCCCAGGUUCCCUGGCACUUCUCCUGGUCCAACCAUACCUUCUCCCAAGGAAUACCAACCUAAAGAUAAAUUAGACUGGAGCCAGUUGAGGAGCAGUCAUGGGCUACAUCCAAAUACCUGGCUUAAGAAAGACCACAGACUUUCCCUGUCUAAGGACAAAGGAGGCCUGGAUGACAAGGACAUUGGUGAUCCACUCCUCCAUUCUGAGAAUUUCUCCAAGACAAGCCAUAGCAAGGAGAGGAGUGCUCAGGAGCCAUGUAGUCCACCUGCUAGAAAAAGAUCUACCAGCCCUCUCUGCUCUGAAGAAUGCUUGCUCGAAACACAGCAUUGCAGGUCAGUUUACUCCCCUGCCUUGGAAAAAAAGCUAACAGUGAAAGAACUGAGAGAGAUUCACAACCAGGCAUGUUCACUGAGUAAUCAAACCCCGGUACAAAAGUACUCUCAGAAAAGCACACCAGGAGGUAAUACCAGCAGUUUUCCACAGUCUGUGUUCUAUGGCCAAAGUGUUCGCCGCUUGGCCUUGUACAGAAAGAAAUCUUACUCUCUUGUUCCUGUCGAGCAGAAGUCCCCUGUACCUCCUUCCCUUCAGCGCCGAGCAUCUGAACCUGGAGAGAAAUGUCUGGGGCUGGAUAGGGAGACAGCAAAGAGUCUGGAGCUUAUCCACAGGCAGGCUGUAGGAAAACAAGACACAUAUUCUAACCCCCAUACUCAUGGACCUAAAAUAUCUAACCUGGAGCAAGAUGAAAAGUAUAGUAAACCCCAGUGUGGCUUGUCUCCAUCAGCCACAAAGGCUGUGAGGAACUACUUCUUUUGGCAAGGAGGUGAAGAUACCCAAAGUAAUCUAAAGAAGAGUCAGGAAGUGGCACUGGCUGUUGUCCAUGGCAAGCGGGAGUGGAUGAGGAGGUGCAGUGACACACAGCUAGAAGACUUUGAGAAAAUGCUUUUUUCAGAGGAGUCUUACGUCUAAGUACCUUGGUUCUAAUGCAGUAUUUCCCAAAUUCAGUCCACGUAUAGUUAUCCCUGGUCUAAACACCUGAUUCAGUAUAUUUGUUCAUUGGUAAAUGCAUUUGGUGUUUUAGAUAAAUAAGAAAAAUAAACUGUGCAGGAUACUUUAGGACUAGAUUAGGAAGACACAGCCCUAAAUACAGUCAGCUCCAGAAUGAAUGGUGCCAUUGGUAAAGAUGGGUAUAAAGGGUUAUGAAAAAUUUGGUCUUUGUGGUUAAUUAGCUUAUUCUCCCACUGAAAAUAUGACAGAAAUCUAACAUUUAAUUGUAUUUAUUUUUGAUAAAAUUUUAAACCCUUACCAAAAAUAUAUUUCUCAACAAAAGCACAUGUCCUAAUUAUCAGCACCCCGAGAAAUUCUUAUCAAGGAUUCUUAGGAAAUCUUGAACAGUAAUCCAUGACUUCCUGUUUCAUUGGGGUAUAAACAUGAAGUGACUAAAUUCCCUACGUCAUGAGGAAAAUUAGAGAAUUUAUAAAUGAAGUUAGAGAAAAGGGUGUUGGCCUUCAUAAAUCAGUCACUGGCUAUUAAAAUAGCUACAUGCCUGUAAUGCCCACAUUAGAGCAAUAAUUAAGAAGUUUAAAACAACAGUGAACCUGUCUGGAAGAGAGGUCGAACCUGUCUAGAAGUAUGUUCUUCUCAUAAGCAGAGUGAGGAGGUUAGAGAGGCAAAAAUGGAACACAGUUGGAGAUUUGCAGAAGACAGCUGCAUUUUGGAGUCACCAAGUCUCCAAAUCUACAAUUAGACGCCACCUCCAUGCCAACAAACUGUUUAGAAGGCAUGCCUGAAGAAAAACUUUUCUUUCAUCUAACCACAAAAGUAAGUGCCUGGGGUUUUUUUGGAUGCUACUGGGACUUUGACUGGAACUUGUGUUCUAGGGUGAGAUGAAACAAAAAUCCUGAAAAAAAAAAGUCUUUUGGCAACAAAUAUUCAAGGUGGGUUUUGAGUAAAAAUAAGGUUCCCCACUCUUAGGUAUGAUGGACGAUCUGUGAUGUUGAGGGGCUAUUUUUCAUGGUAAGACCCUGAGAAUCUUGUUAGGAUACAGCAUCAUGAAAAUCUGCCUGCCUCUCCCAGGAAGCUACAGCUGGGUCAUGGAUGAAUCUUCCAGGAGGACAGUGAUCUGAAGCAUACAUCUAAAUCCACACAAAACUGGUUCAGUGACCAAAGAAUCAAGCAUUUGACCUGGCCAUCCCAGUCCCCAGACCUAAAUCCAAUUGAAACCUGUGGGGUGAGCUGAAGUGGAAAGUCCACAUGAGGGGCUCUAAGACCCUGGAGUAUCUGACGAGAUUCUGUAUUGAGGAAUGCGUUCAUAUCCCUUGCUAUAUAUUCUCCAUGGUUUAUAGGAGAUGACUUAUUGCUGUUAUGUUGGCAAAAGGUUGCACAGUUCAACAAGUGGAAGAACAAAAUACAGGGGUGACAAUAAUUGUGAUAUAGGUUUUUUUUUUUUUUUUUUUAAGUUCAGAAGGGUUUUAAUGACCUUUUUUUAAACCCAUUUUUAAAGGGUGCCAAUAAUUCUGGUCUGAUUGUAUUAUUAAGGAUUUGAAAUAUCUGAUAGUGAAUGUGGCCUGUUGUGUAUGCUUACUUUUUCUAUCAUUCAGUAAAUUAAAUUCUUAACAUUACUUUAAAGCUUUAACAGGGCUUAGUUAGAAGAAAUUGUAAUUUUCUGCUGCACUUAAUUUGAUUUUUGAUUAUUAUAAUAUCAAUCCAUGAAAUGCAGUGAAGUGCAAUGACACUAGGUGUAUGUAUAAUCUUACCAAUUAACUAACUUUUAAUUUAAAAGUUGUGGUAUGUAAAAUAAAUAUAUAGACUGUGUAAACAUAGACAAUAGAAAGGUGGAAAGACCUUAACUGAUACUAUGUAAAGUUCUUUAAAGGGAAUUAUUAAAUCAAUUAAUUAGGUUACAAAACUAUUGGCUUAUUAAUUUUGAUUUAAUAUGUUUAGAAAGUAUCAAAUUAUAUCAGAUUAUAUUAAAAUAAGUAAAAUGCUUGCUACUGCAAAGCAUAAAUACUUGUGAACAAAAACAGUGCAGAUAUGUAAUUAGUUGUCAAUAAUGUGUAAGAAACGUUUUUUUCCUGGACACAAAAAUGUUGACGCCUGAGGUUCCGCUUUGGUAGGUGUAAAUAAUCGGUAAAAAUUGUACUGCUUUUUAUUUGGUGUCAGUGAGAAUAUUCUUGCUUAUUUAAUAAGAUUAAGACAGUGUGUCUUUAUAUGAAUUUGCUACUGUAUAGGUUUUCUUUCAACUAUAAAUAAGGCCAAUUUAUGUGCAGUAAGAGAAUAGCACAUCUGGAAGCCAUGUUUCUAUGCUGUAGACAUAGUGUAUAUUUUUAAGAAUCUAAAGAGUAAUGUCUUAAGUAUAUUUUCUUUUCUAUUAAGACAUAUAUUCAGAUAUAUUUUUUUUUCAAUUGACAUUGCUGCCAAUUCUUUAUACUCAUAUUACCUUAUGGCAGGAGUUCUCUCUUUGCAGUCAGGGAUCCCUUUAAUUGUGAAAUAAAAUCCAAUGACCCCUACAGUACAGAUUUAUUUAAUGAACAUAACCCAACUAUUCAAAUAAUAGGCUAAUUAUUUAAAUAUGUUCAAUAAUAUUGUGGCUAUUUUUUUUUUUUCAUAGAGCUUUUUAUUCCUGAAAUUUCCACUGACAGAACACAUGAGGUUCAUUUUGACAUUAUUUAUAGCCAAGACAUUAGCUUUAUUGAGGUUUGGUUAAACCUAUUUAAUUCAAGUGACCAGUCAAACCAACUGUAAGAACUCGAUAAUAAAUUAAAUAGCUUUGAAUUGCGAUUUCCACCACUGUAAUAAUAUAAAGACACCACAAGGCUAUGCUUCACAGAGCUCACUUUGAGAACUGCUGCCUUUUAGGAUGGUGAUUAUAGAGAAUAUGGUAGCAGACAUAAAAUACUGUACCUCUAUAUAUGUGUAUGUGUUUAUAUAAUUCCAAUUGUGACUUAAGGCUCUUAAUGCAUUUUUGUACAUGCCUGUGCUGCUGCUGUCUUAAACUAUUUGCUACUGCAAAAUUGGUUGUGUUGUGGUUUGUAUAUUUUCUAAUAUACUUCAAUAAUAUAGUUCAAUAAUGUAGUUUUGCAAUAUAUCAUGAGUCCACCUUAGCCCCAUCCUCAAAUGAAAAUGGAUUUCUAAAGGUAAAAAACUAUAAUAAAGUACCUUGUUAAAUCUGUUUUUAAAAAAAGAAAGUAAAAAAAAAACCACUCCAGAUGUAGUUCCGAACUGUACUUCUAGACAGUUUACCAAGUUGGUAAGAUUUUUCCUUUAAAAUGGAUAUAUCUGUCCUUUAAAGGAAGCACUUCAACAAACCCUCUCAAAUACUUGAGACUCUGCCAAAUUCCAUCUUACCUAACUAACCUGCUGCUGAACCUUUGAACCGGCCAGACGAGUACAAACACUCGCCGUGGAGCUUUGUCAAAAUAUUUGUAGUGAUGCAGUAGAUGUAUUUUCUCGACAAGCCUUGAACAUUUUCCAUUUGAACAUUUCACACCAUGGAAGCAGUCUGUUUGCACACCGAGUUGUUUGAUUUAACAGUUAGGGUCAGAUUUUAAUAAGAGCUGUCAAUCUUGUUUUCUUGUUGGUGAAGCCCUUACCUGGUUCAUGACAAGGCUGUGACAAAAAUCUGCAUAUAUACGGUUAGUCCAUUUAUCUAAAGUGACUCGUAAGCAAAGCAUAAUACAAGCCAAUCAUAUAGAUGUUGAAGUUGAAGAGUCUUGCUGAAGAGCUGCUCUCACAUCCUGAAAACUCACAAC